AUGAUGAAGCGAAAGGUACCCAGCGACAAGCAGCCUUUCCUGCCAGUUUGGAGACGGCGGACAGGCGGACAGACUAUGCAGGGCCUCCACUUUGAGCAACGGUAUGCCAAAGGUGCCAAUCUCGGUAAUGAAGAGUGGCCGCCUGGGAGGGUGCGAUUGGCUGUGCAGGCUGCGCAGGCUGCACAAGUCUGCUCUGGCGCGCGUGAAGGCGUCAAGGUCGCGGUUCAGCGCCACUUGCUGCACGCUUGCUGGACGCUGGACGCUGCGCAGCGCUUGAGCCUCUCUCGACCCACGCCGGACGGGGAUGCGGAAGCCGACGUUGGCCUGAGUCGAUGGCAGAUGCACCGCUUGUACGACCAGGCCGGCGGGACCGUGUGCUAA